GUCAGUUCUUACACCAGCUGUUUCAAUGUUUUCAUCCUCAGUUUCAGCUGUAGUGGAUGUAACAUUUUGCUAACAAUUUUCUCAAGAAUGCAGUUAUUAGUUGAUAGUUGAAAUACAUUAAUAACUUUUUUACAAAGAAAUCGAUUUAAUGUGUUAAAAUGGAGCUUUACGUAACAGGCUCAAAUAUUUUUAGGCAAUGGCACUGUGAUGACCUAGUGAUCAACGAAUUUCGGGUCUUGUCACCUUCUAAACAUAUAGUAGCAAAUGAUAGAAGCCGAACAAAUCUUCUGGAAAUCAAUUGGUCAUAUAACAUUGUCCAAAUAGACGAUAUACUUUACAUCUCGGGAGCUUGGGAUGGAAAAGAAAAUCAGUUUACCAAAGUGCCAUUACCAAGUGAAUGUGUCACAUCCAAAGUAGAUCUUUGUGUUACGGGCAACGAUUAUAAAAUAAUUUUAGUUGAUAAGAAAAUGGCUGCUUUAUGGUCGCUAGACUUAAACAAAAAUGAAGUUAAAAAAUUAAACUUUAUUGAAAAGGCAAUUGAAGAUAAUAUGAAGAAAAAGAAGUUAGAUGAUAGUGUUACAAAAGCUGUACUUUCAAGUGGUACAUGCUUGUACUUGACACAAAGGGGGCAUGUGUACAGUGGAAUAUUACCAAGUUAUGUGGACACAAAGCAUUGUGUAGGAAAAGUAAUUGAUGUCCAAUGUGGCCAUGAACAUUUUGUUUUAUUGACAGAGGAAGGCAGGGUAUAUACUUGGGGUAAUGGCAGGAGGUUACAGCUAGGACAUGGUGAUAUAAGCAGUUUAGAUGUACCCACAGAAGUAGAAGCACUGGCUGGUAUUAAAAUACUCAAAAUAAGUGCUGGUGGCUGGCACAACUUAGCACUCAGCGAAUUUGGUGAUGUCUAUGCAUGGGGCUUGAAUGACACUGGCCAACUGGGAAUCAAACAUUUAAAUAGAGAACAUAAUGAAAGCUUCUGUGUCCCCUAUCUUGUUAGUCUAUUUGAUAAGCAAGGCAUAGAAAUUACAAGAAAUGUUAAAGAUAUUGCAUGUGGAUCUAAACAUUCAGCUCUAAUUUUAGAUGACAACACAGUAUGGACUUCUGGUUGUAACAAAUAUGGUCAGUUAGGAUUAUCAGAGCAAAAAUAUCCAUCUUUAAAUUACUAUAAAAAUGUUUUUCAAUGUGAUAACGAAGAUAGGAACUGUUCACUAAUUUGUGGACCCUGGAAUACUGUGAUAUUUUGUAAAUUUGAAAAAUAAUAUAAGUAAAC